AUGGCCGAAUUCAACUGGCGCACAAUCAACAUCGACGCUCUCGACCCCGAAUCCUCCACAAACUUCGACCUCUCCACCCUGACACCAGCUGUCCAACCCGUCAGCCACCAAGACGUCCAAGCCCUCAGCCAGCAGAUCAGACAACUAUGGCGUGGAGGUGAUGCCGAGGGUGCUCUGCGCGGUGCUCUCGAGAACGCCCCCUAUGGAGCCGAUGCUCCAUCCAAGGACUCGUACAUGCAGACCGUCACCGAAGUCCUGCAACAAGUCCGCACCGCCGACAUGGGUCCCUUAUUGCAGCGCAUCUACACAUCUGAAGGCGGCUCUGAGCUAUGCGACACCCUGAUGAAGUACCUGUAA